UAAGGAUGAUAAAAAAUAUUUGAAAUAUCUAUCAAAAUCGUUAUCGUUAAAUAUUAAAUUUAAUGUAUAGUAAUAUCCAAUUUCUUACCAUUUGCAAUAUACAUAUAUUCUCUGGACAAUAAGUGGCAACUCCAAGCCAACAUGUAUACAAAAACAAGAAGCGACUAUGAAAACGAAUCGCACAAUAAAUAAAUGGAAGGCAAACGCGCAAAAAAGAAAAAGCGACCCAAAACGAGAAAGAGAAUAAGCAAUUUCGUCGCUUUAGUACAAAAUUUAUAGUUACGCGCAUUUCACUCAAGAGCAACAUUUGUACAAAUACACUAAAACAAGAACAAAAAAGAAAAAAAAAACAAAGAAAAACAACCGUUUAGUAUUCAAAAUUGUUUGGUAAUUCAAUGAGAAGGCGCGAGUGAAGAGGCGGCAAGAAACAAAACUUAAUUAACAGAACUAAGCAAGAUAGAACUAACAUAAGCAUAUAAUUACAUAGAGACGCUUAAAUCAUCAGGCGGUUAUUAUGAAAGGAAAUUACUAUAAAAUGUCUCGUAACAAAGACAAAUAUGACAGCACAAAUAGACGGCAACAGAUCUUUCUGUCUGCCGAGGAUAUUGCCGCUGGCAAGAAGACAAAUUGGACAGGCCUCGAAAUAACAGGCUGUGUGCGUAAUAUCAGUCCCUCGUUGUGGGAGUUCGAGCACCUGACCGCCCUCUAUUUGAAUGACAACCAACUGCUUCGACUGCCAGCGGAUGUGGGCAUGUUGGUUAGUCUGCGAACGCUUGACUUGUCGAGCAACAAGCUACGUAGUUUGCCCGCAGAGCUGGGCGAGCUCAUACAGCUGAGGGAACUGUUAUUGAACAACAACUUUCUGCGCGUGCUGCCAUAUGAAAUUGGCAAGCUGUUUCAUCUGGUCAUCCUCGGUCUGAUGGGCAAUCCGCUGCAAAAGGAGUUCAUGAACAUCUAUAAUGAGCCAAAUGGCACGCCGAAAUUGUUAACUUACAUGUUGGACAACUUAUCAUUUACUGUCAAUCCACCGCCCCAGAGGCCAUGGCUGCCGCUCGCCAAGCCCAACAAAUCGCGACCAGCCUGCAUAUUUACGGUUAUGUGUUACAAUGUGCUCUGUGACAAGUAUGCGACGCGGCAGAUGUACGGAUAUUGUCCAUCGUGGGCACUGUGCUGGGAGUAUCGGAAGAAGUCUAUUAUUGAUGAGAUAAGGCAUUAUGCGGCGGAUAUAAUAAGCUUGCAGGAGAUCGAGACUGAACAGUUCUAUCACUUUUUCCUGCCCGAGCUAAAGAACGAUGGAUACGAGGGCAUCUUCUCGCCCAAGUCGCGCGCUAAGACAAUGUCGGAACUAGAAAGAAAAUACGUUGACGGAUGUGCGAUAUUUUUCCGAACAUCAAAAUUUACGCUGAUCAAGGAACACCUAAUUGAAUUUAAUCAGCUGGCCAUGGCCAAUGCGGAGGGCUCGGACAACAUGCUAAAUCGUGUGAUGCCCAAAGAUAACAUUGGUCUGGCCGCCCUGCUUAAAGUGAAGGAAACGGCCUGGGAGCCUAUGUCCGAGGUAACGCAGAUCUCACAGCCGCUGCUCGUGUGCACCGCCCACAUACAUUGGGAUCCCGAAUUCUGUGAUGUCAAACUCAUACAGACGAUGAUGCUUAGCAACGAACUGAAGACGAUCAUCGAUGAAGCCAGCCACAGCUUUCGGCCGGGUCACAAAAACGACUCGAACAGUGUUCAGUUGCUACUCUGCGGCGAUUUCAAUUCAUUGCCGGACUCGGGCGUGGUGGAGUUUUUAGGCAAGGGGCGUGUUGCAAUGGAUCAUUUAGACUUCAAAGACAUGGGCUACAAGCUAUGCCUGCAACGGUUACUCUCCAACGAUACCAACGAGUUUACGCAUUCCUUUAAGCUUGCCUCCGCCUACAGCGAGGACAUUAUGCCGCAUACCAACUAUACGUUCGAUUUUAAGGGCAUCAUUGAUUAUAUUUUCUACACAAAAACCGGAAUGGUGCCGUUGGGCCUGCUGGGACCUGUUUCCACUGACUGGCUGCGAGAAAACAAAGUGGUCGGCUGUCCGCACCCGCAUAUACCUUCCGAUCAUUUUCCACUACUGGUGGAACUGGAGCUGAUGCACACUGCCAGCCAACAGGCGCCACCUAAUGGGCUGAUCAAUCGACGGUAGCAAUAGACACGGCGCGGUAGGCUAACGAAUAUGGUGACAACAACAGCAACAACCAUUCGGACAGCCUCCGGCAGCGGCGGAUCGCUGCAGUUCAGUUAUCGGGGACGCAGCAGCAGCGGCAACAGCAACAGCAGAAACUCUAGCAACAAUCAAAACAACAGCAACAACAACAAUAACAGCAACAGCAGCCACCGCCCAGCUACCCAUGGAUCAAUACGCAAACCGCAAACCACGCCAACAAUUUGAUGAGCCUAGAAAGGGAAGAAAAAAACAACACACGAAAGAAAAACACAACAUACCUCUUUUUCCCCAUAAAUCACCAAAAACAAAAAAAAAAACAAAAAACGA